AUGGAUGACUUGUCAGACAAAGGCAAUAGAUUCCACCACUCUGUGAUUCGCCAGCGCCCCAGCCCCGAGCUCCGCUGCGGCUCUGGCCGCCGAGCCCCGCGCGGGGAAGCCAAGAUCGCAGUCACAACUCACCCGGCCCCUGCGUCCUCCAUCCAGUGCCCGCCUGCGCCAUGCAGUUCCGGCCCGGCCCGCAACCCCGGUUCUUACCCUCCUAACUCAGCCCCGAGUUCCCCCCACUACCACCUCCAUUCCCAGGCCUUUUUCCCCCUCUUCCUGGUCCUUUGCCUUCGCCUACCCACCCACGCAUCCCCAAUUUUCUUUGCCCUCAAAGUGCCCGACAGCGCAUCCUCUGCGGCCCCGCGCGUUGCUGUGGCGAGGGCUCUCUGGGUCCCGGUGCCCAGAGAGGUCUGGACAGCCGGGACGCUCGGUUUCCCACCCAGCUGGAGAGUCCAGCCGAGACCCACCUGCCUCAGUAGAACCCAACGGAGAGACGGGGGGCUGGAGCCCGGGCCCCUCAGCCAGCUCUGCAUCCGGAGUGAGCGCAGGAGGCGUUGCGCGCUCGCCCCGCUCCCGCUCCCGCUCCGGCUCCUGUUCGGCCUCCCGGCCUCUGCCACCGCCCGCCGCACUCGCUCUUUCUGGCUCCCUCGCUUGCCCGGGUCCGCUCACAACGCACCAGGCAGGAGAAGCCCUUUGUCUCCUAACUGGUUAAGUACAGAAUAUCCAGGAGAUCUUUAUGAAAUAUUUUCCCUCGUCUCAUAAAUCAUCUUGGCACUUCAGCUGAUGUUUUAACUCUCUCUCUCCCUUUCCCCCCUCCCCCCCGCUUUCCCGGGUCUGUGAAGGGUCGGCUCGGGGAAGCCCGCGCUGUGCAUUUGCCGCUGGGUCUCGGCGCCCGCAGGGUCCUGCCUGGAGGCUCCGCUCGGGAAGAAGCCGCGCACCCGCGCCGGGGCCGCUUUGCUGGGA